UCGCAAGUACGUCACCUUUUGGCAGAUCUAUUUUCAUGGGCGCACGGCGUGUCCUGCAUAGCAGUUCCUUUGAUGGAUGAAGCGGACAAUUUCACACGAGGCCGAAGCAGCAGUACAUCGGCUUCGAGAUUUGGGUUUUACUCCGGCCUCUGCCGGAGCACUACCCAGUCAGGGUGGCCUGAGUCCGCUUGCAGUUCUUGGACUGACAGAUGCCAACUGCUGGCAACAGGUCCGGCAGGCCUUUGUAGCCCGCCUGAGACAAUUUCCUCCAGAGCAAUUUCCAGAGGAAUUUGUCAUCAUCGUGGAUGCCUACAAGAUGCUGAAACGGCGUUUCCAAAAUGUGCAAGAAGAAGAUGGCAGCGGCCAUGGCAAGCGGCGCCGAAAGAUGGAGGACCCUGGUGACGCACAGCGUGGCAAUACCUUGGACAUCAUGGACUGUGCAGGAGUGGUGCAAGGGAUUGCGCCCAAGUCAAUGGCGGCAGUGCCAAUGGCAGCUCCAGCGACUGUAGCAUCCACAAUGCCUGUGCCCUGUAAUGGUUACAGCACUGGCCAAGUCACCAAUAUGCAUUCGGGAGCAGGUACGAUGCACACCAGCUGAGGAUACAGCACAUCGGCAGGUGUUGCCAGUCUCGGGGUGGUGUUGGAUCCCUAUAAGGGUAACUCCCCGCACAACAGAACUUUCUGAGUUGCAAUUGUCUCGAUGCUUCAAGACUUCAAGACAGUAUCAGCGCAGCAAGUAAUACGGUGAGUCUUAAGGCUGGUGAUCCAGUAGCUUCGGCUUGCGCGCACUUCACGGCACUAGCCUACCAAGCAUCGGUAUUGCAAGUCGUGUCCUG